AUGGCGUUACGAUUGCUGCGACAUUACGAACACCAGCGUGCGUGCUGGAACCGAACUUAUCCCACCAUUCUCCAAUCCUUCCGCACCCAAUCAACCGUUGCACCGGGCGCGCACGAGAAGCAGCAAAGCUACAUUCACCACACAGGCAGUGAACCGCUAGUCUACAGGAACGUGGGCCAACAUCUUCGCCUAGCGGCGGAACAAUUCCCUAACAAUGAAGCCAUCGUCUCGUGUCACGAAGCGGGCGCAAGGCUCACCUACUCCGCCGUCCUUAACAGGGUAGAUCGUCUGGCGGCUUCCUUCCUGCAGCUCGGUUUACGGCAGGGUGAUCGCGUCGGAAUUUGGGCGCCAAACGGGAUGCUUUUCUAUCUUACUAACCUGGCGGCGGCGCGUGCCGGUAUGAUUUCGGUUGGCAUCAAUCCUGCUUACCAAGUCCCGGAGCUUGAGUAUGCACUUCAGAAGGUGGGUGUGCGGGCUCUCGUUGCUGCGGAAGGGUAUCGUCAACAGAACUAUUAUGGCAUGGUGUCCCAUAUCGCGCCCGAACUUGCCUCGUCAAAGCCGGGCGAGCUGAAGAGUAAAUUGCUUCCAAAUCUGUCCACCGUAAUUAUUGACAGUCAGAAGACGUUACCAGGAGCAAUUAAAUUCAGCGAGCUGUUUGAGCUACCAUCGGAACAGAGCAUCAGUAAGGUGGAGAACCUUCAAGCAAAGAUUUCGCCCGACAGUGGUGUUAAUCUUCAGUUCACCUCAGGCACAACGGGACAUCCAAAAGCGGCACUGAUGUCACACUUUGGCUUUGUUAACAACGGACUACACAUCGGCAACCGGAACGAGCUCGACCAGAAAAUGCAUCGACUGUGUGUGCAGGUACCACUGUUCCACGCGUUCGGUAUGGUGAUCGCCAUAAUGGCGGCAAUUUCGUACGGUUCCACGCUAGUUUUGCCAACCGCAGGCUUUAAGGCGGCCGAUUCUUUAGCUGCCAUUGUACGCGAGAGAUGCACGAUCGUGCUUGGAACGCCGACCAUGUACGUGGACCUGGUUAGACGUAUCGUUGAAAGUGGCGCUAAGCUAGAAACGCCCGAGAUCGCCGUCACCGGUGGUGCUACCUGUUCACCGAAGUUGUUUGCCGACAUCAAGCACACGCUCGGUGUGCGGAAGGUGAAAACCGUUUUCGGCAUGACCGAAACAACGGCCGUCAUCUUCCAGGCCCUGUUCGAUGAGACACCAGAAGAUGUUCAGCAAACUGUGGGUCACAUUACCGAUCACUACGAGGCGAAGGUGAUCGAUCAGCAGGGGAAUAUCGUACCGUUCGGGACGGCCGGAGAACUCUGCGUACGAGGAUACGGUACCAUGCUCGGCUAUUGGGAUGAUGAGAAGAAAACGAAGGAAACGAUCGGUGCUGAUCGAUGGCUACGGACAGGGGAUCAGUUUGCACUGCGCGAGGAUGGGUACGGAAAGAUUGUGGGCCGCCUAAAGGACGUCGUUAUUCGUGGUGGAGAGAACAUUUAUCCUAAAGAGGUGGAAGAUUUCUUGAACACCUAUCCGAAGAUUUUGGAAGCGCACUGUAUCGGUGUGCCGGACGAGCGUACGGGGGAGGAGUUGUGUGCUUUCAUUCGUUUAAAGGACGCUUCCGAUACAAUCGAUCGGGAAGAAAUAAAGCGGUUCUGUGAAGGAAAGCUAGCAUAUUACAAGGUACCGAAGCAUGUGCGGAUCUUAAACGACCUACCAAAGACAACGUCCGGGAAGGUGCAGAAAUUUAAGCUGGCACAGCUGUUUGCCGCGGAACGGUAA